AUGAUUCAAUUAAAGACGAUGCUUCAAUGCAUCGACAACUCGGGCGCUGCCCUUGUUGAGUGCGCCAUGGUUGUUGGCCAGAAGAGACACGCCCGUAUCGGUGACAGAAUAGUCGUCGUUGUUCAGAAGCACCGUGGUGCCGGUGACGGUGGUAUGGCUGGCUCCUCGGCCGCCAACAAGGUCAAGCGUGGAGAUAUGCGCCAUGCCGUUGUCGUCCGUACCAAGCAGCAGACUCUUCGCCCCGAUGGCAGUGUCGUCCGUUUCGACGACAACGCUUGCGUCCUGAUCAACAAGGCCGGUGACCCCGUGGGCUCCCGUAUUAACGGCGUCGUCGGCGCCGAGCUGAGGAAGAAGAAGUGGAGCAAGAUCCUUUCCAUGGCCCCCAUGCACGCAUAA